AUGGUUUGGGGAUGUGUAAAUGGAUAUAAUUUACCCUAUUUGGUUCGCUGCCCACUAUGUAUGAAUAGUGAAGCAUAUGGAGAAAUUAUUGUAGAUGCUGUUUAUCCUAUAAUUAUGGCUACAGAUGAUACAAUAUUUCAAGAAGACGGAGCAAGAAUUUAUAUAAACCUUAGUCCUAUUGAGAAUGUUUGGAGGGAAGUUAAAUGUUGGAUUUAUAAGAACCGAAAGCCACGUAAUCAACCUGACUUAGAAGAGGCUGUUACUGUGGCAUGGAAUAAUAUUGUAUUUGAAACAACUCUUCAGUUUAUAGACUCAAUGCCAGAUAAA